AUGAGCGCCCCUUCAUUCUCAUCCUUCCCAACUCUCCCAGCUCCUCCAAGCAAGCCCCGCCAAUCAGAGAUCAGGCGCAAGGUCAAGCGUCGAUCCAAAUCUCCAAAAUUACACCGUUCCAAUGGCGGGGAGCCACGCAAGGAUGACAUUCCCCAAGCUGUAGAGCGCAAUACUUCAGCCGUCUUUACAGAUAUCGUCUUUGACAGGUCCCGCUUCAGCGCAGCCCAUACCCUCGAAGCACCAGUCUAUCGCCGUCGGCUACCCCUGGUCCUAGGCCUACCUCCGCUCUUCAAAGUCGACCAGAGCAAGGAUCUGAAAGGUGUUCAAGUGGGCUGUCGGGAUGUCCACUCGACAUCUACUCGGGCACGACUCCCCGUAGAAGCCCCUCCAAACAAGAUCCGCCGCCUCACCACGGAGCCAUCAGCUUUCGACCAGCACGCCUCGUUUGUGCGCUUUGCACCUAAGCAAGCUCUGCGCGAGACCCUCAUCGAGGUAUCGGACGAAGAGUUUGAGGUUGAGUUCUCGGACCUGCCCCGCGCAGAUGCGGACCGUCGAGCUCGGGUCGCCGCCGCAGAGGGUCAACUACGCAAGCACCCCGCAGACAUUGACGCCUGGGUGUCGUACUCUACCCAACACAUCUCGGGCGACCUGGACGGUCCGUUCGACAAGGCAUCCGCCGAGGUCUCUCUCGCCAUACUAGAGCGGGCAAUCAAGUUAAAUCCCUUUAGCAUACGGCUCCAUCUCGCCCAUUUGCGGGUCGCACGGCACGUCCACAAUCCCGCCCAGAUUGCUGUUCGGUGGGAGAUGGUCCUCGUGACCUUCCCCUUGUCUGUUACCGACGACUCGUUCUCAGCCUGGAUCGCAUACCUAUCAUGGUGCGAAACGGACGGCUUUGGUAGUUUUGGUGGCGACAGCGUCGAACGCGUAGUGGCGAUAUACUCUCGGGUGAUCGAUACAUGGCGAACUGAGUUAUUGGCCCUGCCCAGAAAUUCCACUCGCAUGGCUGGACUAGAGUCCACCCUCCUAUAUCUUACUGUCCGAGUGGCCAAGUUCCUCCAGCGUACAGGCUACAAUGAGCAGGGGUUUGCUGUGCUCCAAGCACUGAUCGAAAUCACAUUUUUCAAACCUGACGAGUGGGUGGCGCCGCUAACCGGCCUGUCGCAAUGGUGGAACGGUCUCUCGAGAGCGUUUCAGCCAUUCUGGGACUCAGAAUCGCCCCGGUUUGGUGAAGCCGAUGCCAAGGGGUGGAAAAGCGGACAUCAACCACCUUCGGUCAUUUCAGAAACGGCCCCUCUUGACGACUGGUACUCGCAAGAGCUCACCUCCAACUCGGCCGACCCCUACUCUACCGUCCUGUACGAAGACAUUCGACCUUUGUUGGUACCUAUAUUGACACCGGAAAGCCGUCAGGAUGCCAUCUACUCGGUCCUCACCUUUCUCGGCGUCUCCCUUCUUCCCCCAGACAUAUCUACCAGUACAUCGCAAGACCCCCUCCUGCGUCCCGAUAUUGACAUCUUAUGGCCUCGACCGGAUCGCGUCCACCCAUGGGUAGAGACCCCUGCGACUCUGCGCUUACCCGACAACAACAUGCGGUACUGGGCAUUCGACAUGGACACUUUGUUUUCGUCGGACUGGUUUCAUGCGACUCCCUCGGACCCCCUGACAAAACGCUGUAUGAUGCAGCUUCAACCGCUCAUACCGGACCCCCGCUUCACCAUCAUGCUGCUGGCACUGGAAGGGAAAUCGGCACCGCGACUCGCCAAGAAUAUGCUUUCCCGCAAGCGCGACGACCUGAAUCUAUGGUAUGCCUAUGCUGCCAUCGAAUUCGGUCGCCAUCGACACGACUCGGCGAGAUCCGUCUUUGCCAAUGCGCUCUCUUUCGCAAAGUCCAGUAGCCCAGGUGAAGACGAGCUCGACCUUCUGGCGGGGUGGGUCCAGAUGGAGUCGGAUCUGGGCAACAAGGAUCGGGCAGUAGAUUUGCUACUGCAGACGGCGAACUUUGAGUCUGCCGACUUUUUAUCUCGUGCCACGGCAGAUUUUACCGCCCCGACGCCAACCCCCAUACAGUUGCUGAAGGCUGGCCAGCAGUCAUCCCCACGACUCACUUUCUUUUGGACGGCCAUCGUUCGGGACGACAUCUCGGCCGCUUGCGCGCUCUGCAACGGAUCUGAUGAGGUCACUCUACAGUUUAUCGUCCGGCAGCUCUGGCUGCACAAAGAGGAACGAGAGCUCUCCGAGAUACUAGGCACGGCCACUGUCCGCUACCCCCACAAUACUAUAUUCCAAACCCUCAGCCUUAUCCUGACCGCAAAGCGCAGCACCCGAUCGGCCGAGCGGCAACUCGAACAAUCCAAAACCGGUAUGAUUUGGGGGAUUGGCGAGAUGGGUCGCUUGGCCGGCGGCGCUUUGUGGAAGCCAGACGGAAGUGGCGCACAGCAUGUGCGUGAGAUGUUCAACCGUGCAAUCCGUACCGACGAGGGGAGACAAUCCAUCAGCAUUUGGCGAAACUACAUUGAAUUUGAAAGUGCGAUGAAGACUUCAGCGGUCAAACAGCUCUGCUACCGUGCAGUCGCUGCGGUGGGCAGCUGCAAGCAACUUUACAUGCUCCCUUUCAAAUUGCGGGAUUCAUUUACCGCACAAGAGCUGCGAGAGUGGAUUCUCUUGAUGGUGGAGCGCGGUUUCCGGAUUCGGACACCCUUUGAGCAUCUUUUAGUGGUAGACGACGAGCUACAGCAGCUACCCAGUGAUGAGGAGCCGGAGGAUGACGAGCUCGGGUUCCUGCAGGAAACGCAGCGAUUGAAGCCACCGCGAAGCCCACUCGCCAGCCAGAGGUCCUCGUCCCAGGCACAGCCGCGAACGGGAUACGAGGAGUGGAAGAAGGCGGAAUUUCGGGGAUCCUGCGACAAUCGUCCCAUCCAGCAGUAUUGGCAGUUCUGUACCUGUUCCGCUCCGCAGCUAUCGCUGUAUACGUCCUGUGCGGGAUCUGAUGUUUUGGGCAAGUCAACGCCUAAUCCCACUAACGAACAGAUCGCCCUUUACGUCUAUCCUCUGGGAUGGCUGGCGCUAAUGAUCGUGUCGGUGCUCAAAUUCAACAUCUCAUUUCUGCCUAUUGUCCUGCUUGCUUUGGUCUUCAACCUGUCCAACCUCUUGGGCUUCACGUGA